UUGACUAUUUUGACAGCUAGCAAACAUUUGUUUUCUUCGGUGGAUUCUUUCGCAAUAUUUCUGURUAGUUUUGUAAAUGAAACAUAAGUUAAAGUAUCGAGGAAGAGUUUACGGUUUCUAUGAAAUAAAAGCAAAUAAAGAUGCCGAAAUAUUAUUGYGAUUAUUGUGACACAUAUUUAACACACGAUUCUCCAUCUGUGCGAAAAACACAUUGCACCGGACGAAAGCAUAGAGACAACGUUAAAUUCUACUAUCAGAAAUGGAUGGAGGAGCAGGCGCAACAUUUGAUCGAUGCUACUACAGCUGCUUUUAAAGCUGGUAAAAUUACACAAAAUCCGGGCGUUGCGUUACCGCCUCCAAACAUGGCACCACCUCCGCGUCCAGGCCUAAUGCCGGGUGCACCAGGCAUGCCGCCCAUGAUGAUGGGCCCACAUGGAGCUAUGCCACCGCCAAUGAUGGGUAUGCGACCGCCACCAAUUAUGGGACCGAUGGGGCCAAUGAUGGGACCACCACCGCCUUUGGGAGCUUUAGGUGUUCGACCACCCAUGAUGAAUGGCCCUCCGCCGAAUAAAUAACAAACUACUUUAAGCAAAAGAAGAUAAGAGAUUAAUAUAAAAGAAACUAUAAACAUUUGUCUAAACAUUAUACUUUUCAAAAUAAAGAAUGUUAUUUAAUUUCAACUGUAA